UAAUUUUCUAUUUUCAGCUCUACCUCUUUUUUAGGCAAGUUACUUAAAUAACCCUGUCUAUAGUAGCUGCUUUACAAUUGCUAUAGUGUACUUCAUACACUCAAUUUUUUCCCCCCACUUUCUCUUCUCCUCUACGUUUUUUCCCUCACUUCCUCCAUUACUCCAUUUUCUCACUAUCUUCUCUUUCCCAUUAUCUGCGAAAAUCACUCAGCACAAACCUCUGUUUUUGUUAUUAAAUCAUUAUCAAUGGCUCAUACACGUUCUUCAAAACCGAUUCCUAAAAAAGCUCUGAAUAUGAAACCGAAGAAAGCGGUUUCUAAGAAGAAGAAGGGCGAAUCAAGCAAUGUGAAGGAUAAAGUUCAACAAGAAUCUGUCUCUGGUGAAGGAGUAAUCCGACAAUCUCCUCCUUCUCUCAAAAAGAGACAUGCAACCGAAAUUACUAAGCCAAAGAAGAAGCAAAAAGUGAUUUCAAUCUCUGAACCAAAACGGCGAAGUCCUAAGCUGUGGCAGUUAAAGCUCUUACGUGAAGAUCGACUUCAUUCGAAAAUCGAUACUUGUAUGUCCUACGAUACUAUUUCUGAAAUACAAUCAACUUUGAGUCCUUUUGAGUUAGAGUUGUUUAGGAAGUCUUGUUUCGGUUAUUUUCUCGAUAUUCCUAAGAUUAUGGUUCAAAACCAGAUUAUUCAUUGUUUGUUGUUGAGGGAAGUCGAGCAAUAUAACAAGUCUGAGAUGUGGUUUGAGGUCGGGGGUCAUAGGCUGAAAUUCGGUAUUGAGGAGUUUGCCUUAGUGUCGGGUUUAAAAUGUCACGGGAAUGUCAGUAAAUAUGGUUACCCGACGGUGUCUAAUGGAAUUUUGGACAAGUAUUUUGGCGGUUCGCAGUCUAUUUCUAAGCAAACUCUUCGAGAUAUUUUUAGGUCUAAGCGUUGGGAUUGUCCGGAAGAUGGUUUCAAGCUUGCUUUUAUGCAUUUUUUGCAUAACUUUUUGUUAGCUUCCCCUAAAACUGCUCGUAUUCCUCUAAAAGAUUUUGAUGUUGUUGAUUCCGAUGACUUGAAUGACUACCCGUGGGGUGUUGAUGUUUUUAAAUAUACUUUUGAUUCUUUGUCCACUAAGGCUGUUUUUGGUUCGGGUAGUCUUAGGGAAUCUGAACACAUCUACAAAUACUGUCUUCAAGGUUGCCCUCUUGUGUUUCUUUGUUGGUUUUAUGAAUGUUGUCCGAAGGUGCAAAAUUCCUUUGUUCAGUUGGUCAAUGAAGCUGCCAUUCCUCGCAUUUUGAAGUGGCAAGCUUUCUUUUUUCCUUUUUACAUCCCAGUUGAUAGAGAUCUUUUUGAUGAAGUUUAUUCUGAGAAGGUGAAUCUGCGGUCCAUUGUUCCAACAUCUGCUGAAUGGAAAACCCUUCCUUUAGGUGACUUUUUCAAAAGUUUCAAAGGGAAGGGGAAGUCUAGUGAUGGUUCUGGAUCUAGCAAAGAGGUUGGUGCUAAAGAUGGCUAUUGUCCGGCAUUACUUGUUACAGAUGAUUUGGAUGAAAGGAAUAAAUCUUAUGAUUUAGGCGCUAUAGAAGAGAAGUUCCAACUCAUUUUUACUGGUCAGAAGAAAAUCCAGUCUGAAAUUUCUGAGUUUAAACGCCUUAUUAGUAGUCAAGUUUCCGAAGUGUUAAGCGUUGUGAAACGGUUGUGUUUAAAGAUUAAUUUAGAUGUUGCUUCUGAAAAGGUUGAUGGUUUGUCCACUUCGAAGAAAGAUGCUACCUCCUCUCGUGACGAUAACGGUAGUGAUAGUGAUGAGACGUACGUUGCUGGUAAAAAGCCUGUCUCUAAAGAUCCUACCGACUUAGCUAAGUCUUCUUCUGACGAUUCUGAGCCUAUUUUGAAGGUUGUCAGCAAAAACCAGCAACAAUCUUCGAGCAUGCAUAUUUCUGGGUCUGUAAAAGAACAAAAAAUAGAUUUUGCUGCUGAGGAUAAUCCUAAAAAAGAUAGCUUUAAUGCUAGCUUUAUUGGAGUUGAGCAAGGCGUUAAGGAUUCUGUCAGCCGAUCAAAUUUUACACCGGAGAAAGAAUAUGCUAACAAGUUUGUGUCUGUAAAUGCAAAUACUGAGGAUAAGCGCUCCGAUGAUAUGCCAUUGAGCGAAAAAGCUGCAAAUGAAUAUGCGGCUGAUGAGAAGGCUGCUAAUGAAGUUUCAGUUGACGUUGAUUGCGAUGGUUCUUCAUCGGACGCCACAAUUUCAGACAAGGCUGGUGAAUUUUCAAGUGCCUAUAUUGAGAAUACUGCAACUUAUGGUAUCGCGGAUUCCGUAAAUGCAAACAUUGAGGAUAAGCGCUCCGAUGACAAGACAUUGAAUGAAAAAACUGCAAAUGAAGAUGCCGCUGAUGUGAAGGCUGCUAAUGAAGGGGCUAUCGAUGGGGAUGGCGAUGGUUUUUUUUUGGAGGCCACGAUUUCGGAGAAGAUUGAUCGUAAAGUUGAUGACAUUGAAACUGCCAAUAUUGAGAAUGCUGCAACUGAUGGUGUUGCUGAUUGUGCAAAUUUUGUUUUUCCUACGGAUGUUGGGACAUCUACUGGCAUCGAUAUGCUCGCUAAUAUUGUUACACAAAAAAAAUUGAAUUCUGUUGUUGGAGCUUCUGUUUCUAAUGAGGUUCCUGUCCGACCUCUAUCUAUAAUUGAUUCCCCAACUUGGAAUAUAUCUGCUGAGGUUUUUGAUCAAACGCUUGAAAAUGCGAUGGCUUCUUUGGCUGAAAGGCAGUCACAGGUUUCUUAUGCAGAUUUUAAUUUUGGUUGUAUUGUACCGAAGGACAGUGUCGGUAGUGUUUGUAUUUGUCCUUUUGAUGAAAAUAGUAAUAUGUUUUCUCAUGUGAGUAAACACAAGGCUUUCUUGAAAUGGAUUGAAGAAGGACAUGUUAAGAGUUUCAAGAAGAAAAUUUACGACGAAGCGCAUGUUUCAUUGAGUCCUCGCCUUCGUCUUGGUGUCGCUGAAAUUGAAAAGAAAAUUUGGUUUUAUAAUCUUUAUAAGCCUGGUCAGCCAAUUGACAGCAGUCAUGUUGAUAUACUGUUUUACUACCUAAGGAAAAAGGUGAAAUUAGGACAUGCUGUGAGCACUAGAAUCACAACCACAGAUAAUCGGUUCGAUCAACUAAUUCAAGAGGUUUAUAAUCAAUAUCUGAAAAAGAGAGACAAGAAUGUUGUAUCUUCUAAGAGCUCAGUUGCCAAACACAUUAUGGGUGGUUCCAUGAGAUGUAAUACAAAAUGGUCUGAAGUCGAUGAUGUUUUGUUUCCAAUCAAUUGUGGGAAACAGUGGCACUGGAUUCUUGCUCGUCUGAAUAUCAAGCAACGCUGUAUUUAUGUCUAUAAUUCGUUGAGAUCAGCUCGACAUGAGAGAGCGCUUCUUUUUUAUGUUGAUUGCUACAGCGAGCUGCUUCCCUUGUUUUUUGAAGCGAUUGAUCUGUUUUCCUCUCGCGAUGAUAUAGACAUUAACAGCGGUCCGUAUGCAGGACUGACAUCAGCCAAUCCGAUUCGAAUCGAGCAUGUGCCCGAUCUUCCCGUUCAAACAGACCUUUACAGAAAAGAAAAAUGGAAAGUUGAUUUCUUGGAAUUCAAUAUUGUGUACCCUGCCAAAGGAAAUUUGCCCAACAAUAUAUCCGCACUUAAAUCUCUUCUUUUGAAGCAAACGAUCCAGAAAUGUGCAAAAACAAUCCCAAACAGGACAACAGAGGAGUUGACCGGAGAUCGAUUUGAUUGUGGAGUUCAUAUGUUCUGUGCUGCCGAGGCUUUUGUGGCUGGCAAAGUUUUGGGUGGCGAUUUUAAUAUUAAAGAACAACGGACUCGGCUUGCUUCCUCGUUUUACACAUAUGCAAUGUGGAAAGACGAAUAUUCUGCCAUAAGUGAAGACGAAGCUCCUCCAAAAAUGAAUAGGAAUGAUUAG